AAACUAAAUUGACAAUGACAAUCUUGUGAUUCGAGUCAGCUCAGCUGAAUUGUGUAUUUUUAUUUAUUAUCAGCAUUUAUGUGUUAGAUUUUCGUAAAUUUCCGCGUUCUUUAUAUUACAAUAAAGGCAACGCGUUAUUUAAUCUCUAUAAAGUGUCAUUUGAAGUGUGAAAACGAAUGGUUACCUUUGUUUUGUUGUCGUGAAAUCGUUGAACAAUGUUUGGGAGGCCCAGAUGUAGAGAAUAUACGCCUCUAGCCACCCAACAGUUACGACUUCGGAGUCUUAUACAGAUUGUAGGCUACAAUAUCCGACCACCUGAAGGCUGUCUAUACCAGUGCAGUUUCUACCUGACUCUCCAUCAUACUACCAUGUCUGCACCAUUCUACACCAGCGAGAGGAUCUGCUCUCCGCAUCCCAAGUGGAAGGAGAUUGAUUCAGAAAUCACUCAUCAUAUGACGUCAACGAAUGUCGUCAUACGUAUCUGGUGUCAUAUGCUCCCGCCGAACAAAGAUUACGAAGAAACAGACCGACAAGACACCGUCAUUCAGACCUGGGGCGUAUACUUCACGGGUCUAAGGUAUUUAGGGGCCAAUCUAGCCUUAAACUUCACUUCAGACUGCUUCAAAAGCAAUACCCUAGUUUUUCAAAUGCAUGGCGGGUACUUUUGCUCCUACAAAAGUCUCAAACUAGAUAUAAUUCCACCGGAGAACGAGAUAGAACAUAGUUCGCUAUCUUCAGAUUCGUCCGGUAAGACGAAAACUCUGGAAUCUAGAUUUAUACAGAAUCAUAAAGCGAAAUCUAGAUCGAUAUCACCGAGUAAAUAUUCUAGACGGACGGAUAAAGAGUAUUCGAAAAGCCAUAGUCCGGUUGAAAGGGGAUUUAAGCAGAAUUUUCCUACUUUAAAAAACUCUGCAAGUUUAAAUAUAGGACAGAGUAGUAGAGAUUUCAAAGAGAGAAACGAGGAAAAAAAAUUAGAUCCGAAUUUAAUAUAUGAACAUUCACCGGAGACUCAAGAUGUGAAAGAGUUUAGAAGUGAUGUGAACUGUGAUAAUUUAUCUAAGAACGCUUCGAAAGAAGAUAUAUCAGAGAAUAAAAUAGAUUUGAGUGAGACCGCUGAAAAUUAUGAUCUAAGGAAUGAAUCGGAUGUACCAAAGUAUCGGUAUCAUGCUUUAAGCUUUUUAAAAUCGGAAAUCAGACCCAGUUAUAACUCGAAUAAGUUACAGAAGUUGCAUAUAUUGCAGUACUCUAUUAAGAAAAAGCAAGAAGCGGUGCAAGAUAUAAAAGAAAAAAUAUAUAAAAAUUCAGCGUUGACUAGUAGUUUAACCGAUGAGUUUGGUGAUGAAGUGAGAUUGAAAAGCAGGUCGCAAAGGAAUUUGUUUUCUCCGGAUGAUGAUUUGGAGAAGAUUGUGAAGUACGGUAAGAUUAAGGAUGAGAAGCCGGUUUCUAAUGGACCGAGGCUGGCGUUGAAGUUGAAUGAUCUCCUAUCUUUUAAGUCAAAACCAUCACCCUUCCAAAGGGCAGAGCAUGUAAGGCUAACGAAGCAGAUAGAAAUAUUGCGGUUCAAGAGGAUAUUACUGGCGGAUGAGAGAGAUAGCAAGCUGGCUAACAUACGGAGGCUGAAAGAGACGCAUGCGAAGCUGUGCGAAGAAAAUCAGGACUUAGGUCUAGAACUUAUGCAGGGCUACCACAGCCUCUCCCGACGGACAGACAGACUGAAAGAGCAGAGACAAUCCGCGGCAGCGCUAAGGGAACUCGCGGCGCGCGCACAUAGAGAAUUAGCUGCGCAUAGCGACUCGCUGUUGCAACAUUUGGCGCAGAUAUUCUAUAUUGAGCAGGUGGACCAGACAACUUGGAAAAUCUGCGAUGUGCCCCUGCCAGUCUGUUCCGACGGAGCUCGCCCCUCCGCCGCGGCCGACGCCGUGGCGGCCGGGCUCGCGGCGCAGGCUGUUGUGCUGACGGCCGCCAUCUUGAAUUUACCGUUACGAUAUAAAAUAACGUUGCUGGGUUCUGCGACGAAAAUAUUGGAUAUAACUCCGGAUUUACCUGACCCAAACAUACCCUUAUUCGCCCGAGGCGGCGACGCGACGCUAUUCCGCUACGCCAUGUUUUUGUUAAACAAGUGCAUAGCGCAGCUAUUAUGGGCGAGAGGCCUCCCCGUCACCGACAUGAGGCCGACGCUCGCUAAUCUACAGAAACUGAUGAUUACUCCUCAUAAUUCGAACGAUACUGCAAAACUGUUUGGAACGUACCGCUGGUUGCCGGACAACCGAUGCUCGCACACGCAGAGUUUGAGAAGCCUCGUCGCGUCGGAUAGAGGGAAAUAUAGGCAGUUCAAUAGGUUUAAGGACUCCGUCGACGGCCAAUCCCCACAGGCCGUGAUGACGCUGAGUCGACACCGGCACUCCAGAAGUGUAGGGAGUUACAACGACGAUCAGGAAUCACCCGCUUUAGACCAAUCAACAACGUCCAUAAUGGGGAGUGAACCAAACAUCUACAACACAAAACUGUCCCACGUAGCAUCAGAACCACCAAAAUUGAUGAAAACCCACAACUCAGACUCCGAAAUACUACGUCAUACAACAGAAAGCGAAAAAGUCAUAUUCACUUUAGGCGACGAUUGCAUAAACGAUAUAAAAUCAGACAGACUCGUCAAAUUAUCUAGUAACAAUGAUGAUUGUGAAGAUGUCAAAAAAAUAUGCUCUGAAAUUAAAGAUUUCUGUAAUAAAGAUGAAGAAGGCUUAGAUAUAGUUAAACAUCUUGAAGGUAACGUGAAUAUAGAUAUAGCUAAAUAUAUGGAGGAGAAAAGAGUCAGUGUUGUCAGUGAGAAAUGUGACGAUUGUGACGUCUGUGACGAAUCUUGUGCCAAAGUGACUGACGUCAUUGUGAUACCUAGUGCGGAAGCCAUUUUGGAUACGGGACAGGAAGCGGAUGUGGAGUUAAAGGAGUGAUUUGUAUUAUAGAUGUUUUGUGGUGAAGAUUGUGUAAAAAUAAUUUAACAUUUAAUUAAAGUUUUCUCAUAAUUAUGUGGUUGAAGCAGA